AUGAAGUUGAUGUUCAGACCACUUCUUUUCCAUUUGCUCCUGUUCUGUGCAACCCAAACAUUCGGUGUCAAGAUCCAGUCUGUCCCAGGAGUCAACAAUGAGGGUGUUAUAGAGACAGAGCUGGAGAAGUCUGUGUCUCUGGUUUGUCAGCAUGACGGCGGCCACGACACUCUGGUUGAUGAAGAGUUGGUCUGGCUGAGGAAUGGCGCUGUCGUCAGUCUGACAGAAGGAAACAAGAAGGGUCGCAGCAGCGUGUGUGUUACACCCGUCAUCUAUGACGACAAUGGGGUCACUUUCAGCUGCCACCUGAGCAAAAAUGCCACAGUUACGGCCUCGGUCACCCUAAAUGUCACAUAUCACCCACAGCUCUCUGGGUCAGAGGAAGUUGCAGUAGAAGAAGAGGCAGAGCUCGUCCUGCGGUGCGAUAUCUUGGCCAAUCCUCCGGUCUCAUCUGUGUCUUGGAAACUAAAUGGAAGCGUAGUGGAUCUAUUAGCAGGUGGCUUCUCAUUGACCAAUGACGGCUUUACAAGCAAGCUCACUGUCAACAGUGUGGAGAAAAGUUUGCAUGAAGGCACAUAUCAGUGCACAGCAACAUCUCUAAUCUAUGGUGAACACAGCAAGCAAUUCAGUGUCACAGUAACAGAAACGACAUUUAAGUUCCCACUGAUGCCCAUGGUAGCAGGGGUAGUGGUGGUGUGCCUUACUUCGCUUCUUGCUGUUGUCUCACGGUGGAACAGAAUUACAAAGUGCUGCAAGUAG